CUGAGGGCAUGGCGGGUCUGCAGUUCCACGGCGACACCGAUGAGAAUGUCGGCUAUGCCGCGAGGGAUGUGGACGUACCACGGGUGACACAGCUGUUCGGAGUCCACCUGAAGAUCCAAUGGGCCAUUGGAAUGAUGCCGGUGCCGUCGCUGCCAGCCUGGGUGCCCGACUGGCUGCAAUCUCUGCUGCGGCUGUUUACCGUCGGGCAUUGCCUGCUGGUGCUGUUCAUAUCACUGCAUCUGGGCGUGCUGUUCUGUAAGACGACGCUGGAUGCGAUGCCCACGGGCAAGCUGGAGGACAUCACCGAUGCGCUGACCAUGACCAUCAUCUACUUCUUCACGGCGUAUGCCACCAGCUAUUGGUGCCUGCGCUCCGAGCGCAUGCUGAGAUUUCUCUCGCACAUCAAUCACGAAUAUCGACAUCAUUCGCUCGCCGGCGUCAGCUUUGUCAACAUGCAUUCCUCUUAUCGCUGGUUUCGCAGCUUCACCUUGGUUUGGCUCGCCGCCUGCAUGGGCGGGACCAUCUCCUGGGGCAUCACGCCCUUGGUGCUACGCAACCGGACGCUGCCGCUCCACUGCUGGUAUCCCUUCGAUGCCAUGGAUGAGCGCUUCUACUCGCUGGUGUAUGCCACCCAGCUCUAUGGCCAGAUCAUAGUGGGUGCCGUGUUCGCCUAUGGCGGCUUCAUGUUUGUCACCAUCUCCUUCCUGCUGCUCGGCCAGUUCGACGUGCUCUACUGCAGUCUCAAGAAUCUGGAUGCACACGCUCGGCUCCUUGCAGGCGAGUCGCAGCAGGCAUUAAGUGUUGUGCAGCGUGAUUUGCUGCUAGAUGAUGCGACCAGUGAGCGUGGCCAAUAUGCAGUGCUGCAGGAGCAUGCGACGGAUUUGAGCUGCUUUGAGUCGACAGGCCGUCAGCAACCGCUCAGCUUGACGAAGGCCGCCCAUGAGGCGCUGGUGGAGUGUGUGCGUCUACAUCGCUUCAUACUGGGCUGUGCCGCGGAGAUGGAGCAGCUGUUUAGCCCGUACUGCCUGCUCAAGUCACUGCAGAUCACGCUGCAGCUGUGCCUGCUCGUCUUCGUGGGCGUGUCCGGCUCCCGGGAGGCGAUGCGCGUGAUCAACCAGCUGCAGUACCUGUCCCUGACCACCGUCGAGCUGCUGAUGUUCACCUACUGCGGUGAGCUGCUGCGCCGGCACAGCGUUCGCGUGGUCGAGGCCUUCGGCCGUGGUGCCUGGUGGCAACACGCGCCUGCCAUGCGCCAGGACGUGCUCAUCUUCCUGGUGAACAGUCAUCGGGCCGUGCAGGUCACAGCUGGCAAGUUCUACGUCAUGGACAUAACUCGCCUCCGAUUGGUUAUCACACAGGCCUUCAGCUUCCUAACGCUACUACAAAAGCUGGCAGCCAAAAAGACAGUCGCCGGCUCGUAGGGCCCUCUGUGCUUAACCCCAUUGUUGGGCUCUGCUAAUAUUUAUUUAGCUCAUUAAAAACAUGUCAGAGUAAA